GUUUACUCCGAUAGCAUAAACACUUUGAAUCAGGAACUCUUUUCAAUCUCUCUUCGGUGAAAUCGCUCUUCGUUUACUCAGAAAACGCAUUAAUGGCGACGAUUCAGGAAAUGAAAGCUAGGCAGAUCUUCGACAGCCGUGGAAAUCCUACCGUCGAAGUUGAUAUUAUUCUCUCUGAUGGAACUCUUGCUAGGGCCGCCGUUCCCAGCGGUGCUUCAACAGGUAUUUAUGAAGCAUUGGAAUUGAGGGAUGGAGGAUCUGAUUACCUAGGAAAAGGUGUCUCUAAGGCCGUGAAUAAUGUCAAUUCAAUCAUUGCACCUGCACUGAUCGGAAAGAACCCCGCAGAUCAGGUUGCGAUUGAUAAUUACAUGGUGCAACAACUUGACGGAACUGUUAAUGAAUGGGGAUGGUGCAAGGAGAAGUUGGGUGCAAAUGCUAUCUUGGCUGUUUCGCUUGCAGUUUGUAAAGCUGGUGCAGCUGUGAACAAGAUCCCCCUCUACAAGCACAUUGCAAAUCUAGCUGGUAACAAACAUUUGGUGCUACCAGUUCCAGCAUUCAAUGUCAUCAAUGGUGGUUCGCAUGCCGGUAACAAGUUGGCAAUGCAAGAGUUUAUGAUCCUUCCUGUUGGGGCCUCAUCUUUCAAAGAGGCCAUGAAGAUGGGUGUGGAAGUGUACCACCACUUGAAGUCUGUGAUUAAGAAGAAAUAUGGACAAGAUGCUACUAAUGUCGGUGAUGAAGGUGGUUUUGCUCCUAACAUUCAGGAGAACAAAGAAGGUCUUGAACUAUUGAAGACUGCAAUUGAGAAGGCUGGAUACACUGGAAAGGUUGUCAUUGGAAUGGAUGUUGCUGCAUCUGAAUUUUAUGGCGAGAAAGACAAGACCUAUGACCUGAACUUCAAGGAGGAGAACAAUGAUGGAUCUGAAAAGAUAUCUGGGGACAGUUUGAAGAAUGUCUACAAGUCCUUUGUCAAUGACUAUCCAAUUGUGUCAAUUGAGGAUCCCUUUGAUCAGGAUGACUGGGAACACUAUGCAAAACUCACAACUGAAAUGGGCAAGGAAGUCCAGAUUGUUGGUGAUGAUCUUCUUGUGACAAACCCCAAGCGUGUAGCAAAGGCAAUCAAGGAGAAGUCAUGCAAUGCCCUUCUUCUUAAGGUGAACCAAAUUGGUUCUGUAACUGAGAGUAUUGAGGCAGUGAAAAUGUCCAAGCAAGCUGGUUGGGGUGUGAUGGCUAGCCACAGAAGUGGUGAGACUGAAGAUACCUUCAUUGCAGACUUGUCCGUUGGCUUGUCUACUGGGCAAAUCAAGACUGGAGCUCCUUGCAGAUCAGAGCGGCUUGCAAAGUAUAACCAGCUUCUUAGGAUUGAAGAGGAGUUGGGAGCUGAAGCAGUGUAUGCAGGGAAGAGUUUCAGGGCACCAGUUGAACCAUACUAGAAAUAGAAAUGGGAAAAACUCACAACCAAGUAUGAAACAAAAUAAAUUCCUGCUUUUAGGAGUAGGAGGAUGGUUGUUGGUAGUUUGUUUGUCUGUCUUUUGAUUUUAUAAUAUUAUGUGUUGUAUGUAUAUGCUGCUGAGGGAGAGCAUAUAUAGUUUUGGUUUUUGAACAAUUGUAGCCCUUUUUACUGGGUUUCAGAGAAUUGUUGUGUUCGGCAGUAGUAGUAUUGUGGUUUAUGAUAUUACUUACUCUUUUGGUCACCA